AUGUUUCUAGUAGUUUUGCAAUUACUACUGAUCACUGAUACUCAUAGUAGUGCUAGUCAUCGUCGUCGUCGUCGUCGUCAAACAUCAGGCUCAUUGUAUGGUACAAAUGCUGGCUUAGGUUCAAGUGCACCGGCAGGUUUUAAUUAUCCUGCAAAUACGAAUUUUGAUGGUAUACGUAUGAAUAAUCUCGAUGCACGAGAUCUCUACCUGAAUCCAUUGAUUUCAUCAUCAGUAAACCAUCAUCCAUUACAGAGUGUUAAUUUAUACGGUCUACCACGCCAACCAAUAGAUCAAGUGUUCGGUACAAAUGAGCAAUCGUCAUCAAAUGCUUUAUUUAGUGGAAGUGCUUUCUAUCCUGGAGCCGCUGGUGGUUCAUCACUCUUCCAUUCAAAUACUCAAAUGGCUUAUCCAGCCAAUACAAAUCAAGUGCUAACACAUAGACAUUUUCCUAGUCCAACGUCGAAUAUGAAUAAUAAUCCAUUUGCGAAUAAUAGAGAACCAUCAGCAAAUCGUAAUACUUAUUUCGGAUCGAUGGAUGGCUAUCCAAAUAGAAAUUCAUGGUCAAAUACAAAUAGUGUUAAUCGAUACAAUCAAAAUGCUGCCAAUGGAUGGCGUGCGAAUAGAAACAAUAACAAUCAAAAUUCGAAUGCAUACUAUUAUAAUGGUAGUUAUCGAUUAGCGAUAUCAUAUUUUAUUUUCGUUCUCUCAUUGUCUGUUACUAUGUUCUCAAAAUUAUAA